ACCCCGCCCAUCCGCCGCUGCCUCCGGAGCCUGGUCAGGUGUUCGUUGUACAGCGACGUAAACUUUACAUUUGAGGGAGGAAAAAAAAAAAAAACAACAACCCCAAACUGAUUGGAUUUGGUGUCCGGACAAACACAGUUAAGGCCAUGCUCAGACGGAUACUUCAAAUGACUCCUGGAAAGGGAGGCUCCCAGAACGCGGAGUCAGAGCAGCCCAGCACAGACCUCAACCAUGAUCAGACGUCUGAGGGCUUCAUCUGUCCUCAGUGCAUGAAGUCUCACAACUCUGCAGAGGAGCUGUUCAAGCACUAUGAUCUGUUCCACGAUACUGGAGACCUGCCCGCUCAUGUGGCCCCCACUCGGGAAGACCUGACAAUGCUGCGGCAAGAGGUUCAAGAUCUGCAUGCUUCUCUCAAGGAGGAACGAUGGUUCUCCGGAGAACUCAAGAAGGAGUUGGACAAAGUCCAAGGACAACUGAAGCAAAACGACGGACAGAUGGACUCAGAAGAUUCAGUCCUUGAAAGGAAGUUGAAUGAAGCGGAGACUGAAAAGUUCAACAUCAAGCAGAUGAAAGACCUGUUUGAGCAGAAGGCUGCCCAGCUGGCCACAGAGAUAGUAGACUUAAAGUCCCGCUAUGAUGAGGAGAAGAGCCUUAGGGAGGCUGCCGACCAGAGGCUCGCCAAAUUGAACGAACAGCUACAUAAGGAGAAGCAGGAGAAUGAGAGACUCCAAACAGAACUGUUGCAGCGACCGGGAGUGGAGGAUGUGGAGGUACUACAGAAGGAGCUGGUGCAGGUCCAGACUCUGAUGGACAGUAUGACCCGUGAGAGGGAGGAGGAGUCUGAACGCCUCAAAAGCCACUACGAGGAGCUGCAGGCUAAUUAUACUACCUCAGAGAUUCGUAAACUUGAGAUGACCAUAUCCCAACUCAAAGCAGAGCUGGAGAAGGGCCCGCAGGAAGCAGCCGUCUACACACAACAGAUCCACCAGCUGCAGAGCAAUCUGAAUAAUUUGCAGCAGCAAAGCCAGAGCCUAUCUGAAAAGCUUGCACGUAAGGAGAAAGAGUAUCAGGAGCUGGAGGAGCGUCUGGGAGCUGAGAAGGCUGCCAAGAAGGGAGUUCAAAGCAGCCUGAGGGAGAGGGAGCUGGAGGUUCAAGAGCUCCAGGCUCGGGCCACAGGGGCCGAGGCCUCCCUGCAGAAGGCCCAGGCAGAGCUUGGAGAGCGGACUGAGGAGGUUGUGAAGUUGAAGAGUGAGAUUGGAGACCUGGAGGUGAAGCAUGCAGAGCUGAAGGUUGAGAGGAAACAGUUGGAGCAGCAAAAGGAAGAAAAAGAGAGCCACGGUGCUCAGCAGCAGACUGAGAUCAGUCAGCUGCACGCCAAACUGCUGGAGGCGGAGAGGCAGCUGGGCGAGGUGCAAGGUCGUCUUAAAGAACAGAGGCAGCUGUCUGGGGAGAAGCUAAAAGACCGCGAGCAGCAAGCAGCCGACCUGCAGCUUAAACUGUCCCGUGCAGAAGAACAGUUAAAGGAGAGUGCUGGUAAGAACACAGACCUGCAGCACCAGCUGGAGAAAGCCAAGCAGCAGCACCAGGAGCUGCAGGCGCUGCAGCAAAACACCAAUGGCAAACUCCGCGAGGCUCAGAAUGACCUGGAGCAGGUGCUGCGUCAGAUUGGAGAUAAGGACCAGAAGAUCCAGAAUCUGGAGGCUCUGCUGCAGAAAAGUAAGGACAUUGUGAGCCAGCUGGAAGCCGAGAGAGAGGACUUGUGUGCCAAGAUCCAGGCUGGGGAAGGAGAGACGGCUGUGCUCAACCAGCUAAAAGAGAAAAACCAUGCACUACAAGAACAGGUCACACAGCUGACAGACAAGCUGAAGAACCAGUCAGAGAGCAACAAGCAAGCCCAGGAUAACCUCCAUGAGCAGGUCCAGGAGCAAAAGACCCUGCUGCGUUCAGCCCAAGACCGAGCCCACACCCUGGAGACCUCAGUCACUGAACUCACCGCUCACCUCGCAGACAGCAAGGAGAAAGUAGCUCAGCUGGACGCUCAGCUGAAGGCAAAGACAGAGAUGUUGUUAUCUGCAGAAGCAGCCAAGGCUGCACAGAAGGCUAACCUGGAGAACAACCUGGAGACUGCUCAGCAUGCUUUGCAGGACAAGCAGCAGGAGCUGAAUAAAGUCCAGAAGAAGGUCGAGGAGCAGGCCCAAAGGCUCAAGGAGAGACAUGAGCAGAGCACACAGCUAGAAACCAGUCUGAAGGAAUGCAAAGACAAACUAAUGGCCUCAGAACAGCGCAUAGAGCAGCUGGAGGGACUCAAUAAGAAAUUGGAGUCACAGGUUGGGGAGUUGCAGGCGACACGAGACCAGGUGCAACAAGAAGUGCAGAAGCUGCAGAAGGAGGGGUCAGAGGUUAAACGGAAAGCCAAGGAGCUGCAGCGCUCGCUGGAGACAGAGAAAUCAGGGGCUACAACACUACAAGAGGAACUAAAUAAAAAAGCAGCCGCUUUAAGUGACAUUCAGGCUCAGCUGGAGCGCAGUGAGCAGGACAAAGUGGCUCUGAAAGUGAACCUGGACAAGGUGACCCAGGAGGGAAAUACUAAGCAUGCAGAACUGGACAGAAAAGCUCAGAGCCUGGCAGCAGACUUCCAGAAGGCCCAACAGGAGAAAGAAGCUCAAAGAAAGGAGCUUGCCACUACCCAGGAGAACUUAGGAAAGGCUAAUAAGGCACUGAAAGAGUGUCAAGGUCAGCUGGACACAGAGAGGAAGAACCAUAAGUCCGCCAUGGGGGAGAAGGAAAAGUCCAAUGAAAAGGCCAAACAGGAGCUUCUUAAGAAUAACGAGGCCAUCACCAAGGCAAUGAAAGACUCUAAAGAGCAGUUGGAGCAGAUGAUAGAGGCAGAGAAAAAGUUGAAAGCGCAGCUGACCACAGUGAAGCAGCAGAACUCAAAGACUCAGGAGGCACUGAAGGAAAAAGAGAAUCAGUUGGAGAAGCUGCGGGCACAACUAAAGACGGCCCAGGGGUCCUUUGAGGAGGACAUGAAGAAACUGAACAGCCAAGUGAUGAAGUUACAAGAAGUUAAUGUCAAGAAGGCAAAAGAAGAGAGUAAGCUGAGGGCGCAGGUGUCAGGGUUCAGCCAGGAGCUGGCCUCUGAGAAGAGUCGGGCGACAGAAGUACAGAAGGCCUUAGAGCAAAGCCAAGAAAGCCUCACUAAGCUUCAGUCUGACUUCUACGGCAAGGAAUCUGAAGUCUCUGCCAUGCGUCAAGACCUGAAGGCAUCUGAGGAGAAGCUGAACCUGGCUCAGGAAGAGCUGGCUGCUAACCGAACCCAUCAGACAGGUUUAGAGUCCCAGAUCCAAGAACUGCAGACGGGCCACGGCUCAUUGCAACAGGAGCUGGCAAAACGUGACCAGAAGCUCCAACAGCAAGAGCAAACCCUGAAGGAACUACAGAAGCAACAGGGUCAAGUAAAGGAGGAAUUGGAGAAAGAGAGGAGUAAAGUGGAUGAGCUGAACAAAGCCAAGAGUGUCCUGGAAAAGAACAACACAAGGCUGACUUCAGAAUUAAAAGUAUUCACAGAGAAGAGCGAGAAGGAGCUAGGUGAGUUGCGGGAAGCCAAACAGCUGUUGAUUCAGCAGAAACUGGAGCUGCAGGGUCAGGUGGAGGCAGCACAGAGUGCCCUCGAGCAUGAGCAGAAAGAGCACCAGGCCACCAGGGACAGCAGGAGCCAGAGAGAGGAGCAGCUUCUCGCCCAAACCAAGGAUUUCCAGGAUAAAUUGUUGGCAGAGAAGCGAGCCAGAGAAGAGCAGGUGAAGCGUGGAGAGGAGGCGGAAGCGAAGAUGGGUGUGCAGGUGACGGCUCUGAAUGAAAACGUGGCCACGUUGAAGAGAGAGUGGCAGGGCAGCCAACGGAGAGUCGGUGAGCUGGAGAAGCAGAUAGAUGAGCUGAGAGGAGAGAUCGCUGUCCUGGAGGCCACCGUCCAGAACAACCAGGACGAGAGACGGGCUCUUUUAGAAAGGUGUGUAAAGGGCGAAGGGGAGAUAGAGAAACUGCAGGCCAAGGUGGUGGAGUUGAGGAGGAAGGUGGACGACACGACGGCAGCCAUGCAGGAGCUCGGCAGAGAGAACCAGUCGCUCCAGAUCAAGCAGUCGCAGUCUCUGACCAGAAAGUGGGCCGAGGAUCACGAAGUACAGAACUGCAUGGCCUGUGGGAAGGGCUUUUCUGUUACUAUCAGGAAGCACCAUUGCAGACAUUGCGGAAACAUUUUCUGCGCCGAGUGUUCAUCGAGGAACGCUCUCACGCCGUCCUCUAAAAAGCCUGUACGGGUCUGCGAGACAUGCUUCGAGGAGCUCCAAGGCUGAUUGCCCGCUCCCAUCCCUUUCCCUCUCCCAAAACCAACCCUGCUCUUUGCUUCCCUUUCCCUCCCCAUUCCUUACUCCAGCGGGCAGAAGAAGGCGUGUCUUUGUCAUAUUUUAAUGUGCACUAUAAAGGACAGACCCAGUGCAAAACCUCCCACCUGCAUGUGACUCCUGGCUCUGGUGUGGAGGGAAAUAACUGGAAAGGUUUUAAUGAAGACUCCAGAGUCAUGUGAUGGGAAUUUGGUGGGAUUGGUUGGGAUUGUCUGUAUCUGUUUUUGUGCCUUUGCUACUCCUGUGGACUGCCAGAGUGGAGACAGUGAGAACUAAACACCAUCCAUCUCUUUUAGGUUCAUAUUCACAUUCUCCAUUGUUGUUUGGCAUCAUUAGCAAUUGCAAGGUGGUUGCUCUGUAUGUUGUAAUAUGUUUGGCAUCAGGAGGUGUAAGGUCAGAGUGACUGGGGAAGUAAAUAUUGUAAAAGUGAUGUUGAAAAUCACUGCCGCCCUACAAAGGUAAAUGCAAGUACCUAUUUUGUCAAAGUGACAUAUUUUCUGUGUAUAACUACAUCAAUCUGAUCAGUCAGAAAUUCAAGUUUAGAUUUUUAUAGCAAGAAAGUGAAUCAGUAAUUACAAAAAUAUUUUUAGAUAUUCUUUCAGUUUAACUGAUGCACUGUAUUUAAUGUGUGUAAUGCAGAUUUGUGAACACAAAGGUGUGUUAAAAAAAUUUUAUUUUUCAGGAACCUGCUUCAAAUUUGCCUACAGGAACUCAUUAUUUGUGCUUAAACAGAAUUACACUUGGUCGACAGUUCAUUUGGCCCCAAAACAAGGCAACUAACGCAGCUGUAAAGUGGAGAUUUUCCAUUUAAAAAAUAUGUAUUAUGUAUUAUAUUAUCCAUGCUGGUAAAAGGCACUAGAUCCUUUAUUGUUAAAAUUGUGUUAUCAGUAUAAUACAGAGAAAGGUACCCACAGCUUGAGAUUGUAGGGUCAAGCGUCAUUUCCCGUAUUAUAAAUCUUCAACUGUAAACAAUUCAUCAGUGGAUUUAUGCACCAGCGAUUAUCUGUACAGGACUUGAGAUCAACCAUGACGUCAAAUCAGUUACUGCAGUUUCCUUUGUGCGGCAGCGUGUUUGUGUUAUUUGUUGAAAUUAAUGUUUUUAGCCUAAUUUCAUGACCAAAGAAUGUCUGCAGCAGGAAUACAGCCGAGAUGAAAACCCAGAGUUUGCUUCAUAUUUCAGUAUUUUUCUAAGUGUCUCUUUGAAAGCUUUUCAGUUUUAAAUGACAGGGUCCUACAUUUUUAUCUUGAACACAGCAUGUAUGAUGACAUGAGAGGCUUUUUUUAUGUACAGUCAGUUAUUGUUUUGCUGUGCCACAUUUCUCUUUGCAUGUUGAUUUCUGCAAAUUUUGGUGCUUUCUGCAGACUGGUGAUGCAGUCAUUGAAGAUGCCUGCAUGUUUAUUUUAAUUUUUGUUUUUUCUCCUGCUGCUCAUCUCCGCUCAACAGCACUGACUACUGCUGGAGCCGUGUGUGUCUGUGUGUGUGUGUGUGCGCGCGUUUGAAGCAAUAAAUGUGGCAGUGUGUGACGUUGCUGUAACAGAGUGUGUGUUUUAGUGUUUUUAGGCCUGCUGUUUGUCUGCUGAGACGCACUGUACGAAUGUUGGCUGCUCAGAACCUCAGUAUCUCUCUGGCACGUUGUUCGGGGAUGUCGGUGCUGCUUUCAGGUGGCGGCAGUUACCUUCGGUUAUCUGUUCUGCCCGUUUGCAGCUGAGGACACUGUAAAAGUUAAUUCCUGCUUUGUAUAAUUUAUAAUUGUUGACAAACAUUGGUAAGAUCUUUUUGUGCAAUUGUCUAAAGACUGGAGCAGGCGGAAACACUGUAAGCCAGGUGACAAUGCAGGCUGUUCUGGCAUUUUGCAAACAAGCAGCUUGUUUCAGACGUUGGCUUACCAAAUUAGCUCUUUCUGCUUGUAUGAAAAAAAAAAAAAUCCAUCUCAGUUGCAAGCUCCCAAGAACACCUGUCUCUUUUUGUGUUGCAUUGGUUUUGUUAUGUCUACCUCAGAUUGGCACAGGAAAAGCACUAUUUCUAAACCAUAGAGAUCACAAGUAUUGUGUCAUUGCCUGCAUUUGAUCAAGGAUUUGUGAUUAAUCUAUCAAGCUGUACAGUCCCUUACAACCUAGAGAGAUGAUUUGCACCUUAUUCUAUUCUGGGCUCGUACGUAUGAGAACCCAGCCACAGACAUAGGACCACCAACUUUAUACAGGCUUCAGCAUUUCUAGCCCUGAUGUACUUAACUGCUCAUUAAUACUAAGGCUGUCAUAAUUAUCUUUGUAAAUGUUUGUAAUGAAAGAGAGAAAAAGGAAAUGUAUAACACUUGUGGAAGUAGAAACAUGACAAGAGUGAAAAUGUGUGUGGACUCAUCAGUGUCUUACUCAUUUUUACAAAAUGGCACCACAGACCUGUGCACACUGAAUUGUGGCUUGCUUCGUGUUGCUGUCAGUUAUCAUGCAUGAUGACCUAACUGGCCUGUGGCUCACACGUUUUCUCCAUGUUUAGAGUCAUCAUAUUUGAUGGUCGUGAAGGUGUGCCUUAGGCCAAUGUCUUGUCGGUCACUGCUCACUGUUAGUGGUGACAUGCACCAUGUAUUUACCACAGUUGGGGGUGACCUCCGUUCACCUGAAGGGAUGAAAGAAAUAAUGUAGUUUUUGUUCACAUGCACUAGUUGAUUUUCUAAUUCAUCAUCAUGACAAAACCUAAAUAAAACCUACAGUAUGUUUCUA